GAUAAAAUUAUUUUAGUAUCACUUCUCCCUCUCCUCCCCUCCCUUCCCUACCAUUAAAAUCCCUCUCCUCCCUUUCCCUGCCUUACAUCCCUCCCCUCCAUUUCCCUCCCUUAGAACCAAACGUAGCCUUAUACCAUCUUUCCCUAUACCAUCAUCGGGUCUCCGACGGCACCUCUGUGAUCACCUCAGCCAAAGUUCCGCCGCCGCCGCCCAUGGAUGAGGAACUGCUGGAACUACAGAGGCAGUUCGAGUCCGCACAGCAGGCGAAAUCCAGCAUCCGCUUGUCCGAAAGAAACGUGGUCGAGUUGGUCCAGAAGCUCCAGCAACUCCAAAUCAUCGACUUCGAUCUCCUUCACACCACCUCCGGGAAAGAAUACAUCACACCCGAGCAAUUAAGGAGCGAAAUAGUUUCUGAAAUCAAUAGGCGAGGCCGAGUAUCACUGAUUGACUUGGCAGAUGCCACGGGGGUGGAUUUAUACCAUGUCGAGAAACAAUCGCUGCACGUGGUGUCAAGUGACUCCUCGCUUAUGCUAAUUAACGGUGAAAUAAUCUCGAAUUCCUAUUGGGACACUGUUUCUGAGGAAAUUAACGAAAGGCUCCAGGAAUGCAGUCAAAUUUCGUUGGCAGAAAUCGCGGCCCAGCUGCAGGUUGGCUCGGAACUGGUUAUUUCUUUCUUGGAACCCCGUCUUGGGACUCUGGUAAAGGGAAGGCUCGAAGGCGGACAAUUGUAUACGCCGGCACAUGUUGCGCGUGUGAGUGCAAUGGUUCGUGGUGCAGCAAGAGGGAUUGCUGUUCCUAUGAAUUUGUCAGCUUUGUGGAGCUCAUUGCAGGCAUUAUUGCAAGUUAUGGAUGGUUUCAGUGGCGUGGCAGUUGAGAAUUCCUUAUUCCAGUCACUGUUUAAUGGGUUGGUUAAGGAAUCCGAGAUCCUUGGCUCACUUCGUGCUGGAGUGCACUGGACACCUUCCGUCUUUGCCAUGGCACAGAAAGAGUGUGUGGAUUCCUUCUUUUCACAGAAUUCCUUCAUAAGUUAUGAAACGCUCCAGAAACUUGGAAUUCCACAACCUAUUCAGUUUUUGCAGUCCAGAUAUCCUGAAGGUAAACCUCUUGCCAAUGCCUUCGUUCAUGGUUCACUUAUUGAGAUGUUGGAUGCUGCCGUGGAGGAUGCCAUAGAACGUGGUAGCUGGAUAGAUUCACUUACAAUUUUGCCCACGUCCUUUGCGUCCCAAGAUGCAUCUAAGAUCCUUUCCUUUUGUCCAUCUGUUCAGAGAGAUAUAAAGUCUAACAAAGCACACAUGCUGGGGGAAUCCUACAUUUUUAGUGAUACAUUUGUGAAGCCUAUAGCAUCUUAUGGGCCUGUCAGUAACACCAGAUAUUCAAAUGCAAAACAAGGAACCAACAUCCAACCUGUUCGAAACCUGUUAUCUUGGACAUCAUCUCAUAACCCUGAUGCGGCAUUCAAUAGACUAAUUGCUUCUGGGUCGUUUGAUGAUCCACAUGCCAUAAAAGAUGCCAGACAGGGACUUGUUACUAGUGGCAGUUUGACUGAACCACAAGAAAAUGACAAUCAAAGUGGCAUUGACAAAUCAGUUUCAGAGAAAGGAUCCAGGAAGAAAAAGGGAAAAGCAAUUGGGAGUGCUAAAGCUGGAAGUGAAAGUGUUCCAGAGAACCAAGAAUCUACUGCUACUAAGUCCAAGAAACGGCAGAAGAAAGGGAAAGUUAUUCCAACUACGGAGGUUUCAGAUUCAAAGCCGGGUGCUAAAAGGGAUGCCAAUAGAUUAGAUAACCCUAGCUUUCUAUCAGAGGAAUCAUUAGUUCAGAGAAUAAUGUCUUUAAUCCCUGACCUAGAAGAGCAAGGUAUGGACGAUCCUGAGACCGUUCUUGCUCCUCUGGUGAACUAUUUGAGACCGAUGCUCAUCAAUUCAUGGAUGGAAAGAAGAAAGGCUGCUUUUACCGAGAAUGCUCAGAAAAUGAAACGGGUGCUUGAUGAUUUACAACGGAAGCUUGAUGAGGCAUUCUUAAAUUUUCAACUAUAUGAAAAGGCCCUAGAUUUGUUUGAAGAUGACCAGUCAACUGCUGUUCUUUUACAUAAACACUUGUUGCGAACUUCAGGCACCCCUAUUGUGGAAAAUCUUUUAGUUAACCUGGAUAUGCACAACAAAUUGAAGAAUGGAAUUCAACUUGAGGAAUCGCAAGAUCUUGAAACUGGUUUAAUGAGCUCAGCGGAUAGAAUUAUGCUGGCAAAGGGUUUGCCUGGAUCUUUGUCAGUCAAAGCUGUUGCGUUGGUUGAAUCUUUGGAAGGGAAGCGGGUGGAGUUAUUUGUAAGAUCAGUAAGAGACCUAACCGAAGAAAGUGGAUUAAUUCUUAAAAAACUAGAUAAGAAGUUAGAGAGGACUCUUCUGCAUUCAUAUCGAAAGGAUUUGACAAUUCAAGUUUCCGCUGAAACUGACCCUGUUGCUCUUUUGCCAAAAGUUGUUUCAUUGCUAUAUGUCCAGAUACAUGGAAAGGCUCUUCAAGCUCCCGGCAGGGCUAUUUCAGUUGCAAUUUCUCGGUUAAAGGAUAAACUGGAUGAUUCUGCAUUCAAAACUUUGGCAGAUUAUCAAAGUGCUGCAGUGACCCUUCUCUCUCUAAUUGCUGCGGGAACCGGAGAUGAAGAAGAUUGUACAUCAGACAGAAUUUUGAGCAAGAGGGAACUCCUCGAGGGUUUAAUGCCGGCAUUGAAAAGCUUGGUUUUGGGCGGCAGUUCGCAGUCCUGAAAAGAUACUUAGUUCCCUUUCUUUAACGGGCAGAGGUGUGGCAUAUGCCCAUCUAUUAUAGAAGUGUAAAAUCUGAUUGUACUCUACAAGAUUAAAGGUUCUUUAUGUUUACUUAUGUCUAGCAGUUCCAGUGAUCUAAGAAUAAAGAAAAAACAAAGAGAAACAAAUCUAUAAGAGAAGUUGAAUUGUUAUGGGACCUCGUAAAGACUUUGACUUCAGUAGAGAUGUUCAGGAAACUGGUUGAGGUAAUUGGAAUGUUCAAUAGUCGGUCCUCUUUAGUGCAGUCAAGAUAUAAUUUUGGCUAAUUUGCACACUACUACUAAUAUUAAGCUUAAUUUUAGGUUUACCGUUUAUGAUACAAAAUAAGUUUUAUCAUGUACUGUUUACAAGCAAAUGUUUUCAAAC